CUUCCCCUCCAUCCGCUGCCUUCCCGCCGUCCCUUUUCAAACACCGCCGUGAAACACCACCGUCAAACACCAGCGACUCCAUAUCUCUUCUUGCCGUCUCUCUGUUUGUACAUCUCUUCAUCUUCAUCGCAUAUUUUUAUGGUGCAACCACCACCGCCGCCUCCAACCUAGCCUUCUGCGUCUCCACCUCUGCCCUACCACUGAGGCAAAUACAGUUCUCCCGUUUCAAUUUUGCUACUGUCUCGAUACUGUUUUCUCUAGCCAGAUUUUUCUCUCGGUGAUUGAUAAAUUAGUGUUAUUGGGAAUUAUAUUCGUUUACGAAUAAUUGAUCGAAUAGUUAGUGAUGCAAUCACUCAACAGUUAGACCCACAAAAUGUCAGUCAAUCAUAUUCAAUUCCCAUGCUAAUUUGACACCGAGGUGGCAAUUUUCAGGAAAUGUUUGAAGGUUUAGUACGGCAGCUGAUAUUAGGUUAUCUUGGGCAAUAUAUUAAAGAUAUACAUAGGGAGCAACUCAAGAUCACAUUGUGGAAUGAGGAAGUGUUAUUGGAAAAUGUGGAGUUGAUUCUAGAAGCGUUCGAUUACCUCGAACUUCCAUUUGCUCUAAAGCAAGGCCGGGUUGGGAGGUUAAGCAUUAAAAUUCCUUGGAAAAAGCUUGGCUGGGAUCCUAUUAUAAUAAUGUUGGAGGAUAUAUUGGUUUGUGCUUCCCAGCGUGAGGAUGAAGAGUGGAACACUAAUGAUGUUGAAAGAAGAGAGUUUGCUGGCAAAAAAGCCAAACUUGCUGCAGCGGAACUGGCUAAGUUAUCGCAACGUGUAUGUGAUAAUCAGACUGGGAACUCAUUUACUUCAUACAUUACUGCUAAGAUUAUUGAUGGCAUUCAAGUCUCUAUCAAGAAUGUUCAUGUCGUAUACGGAGAUAUGUCAAAUGACAAGGCACAAACUGUAUUUGGUUUGAAGUUGACUAGUUUGACAGCAAUGAAGCAAAAUCUUGUUGGGGUAUCUAGUGGUAAGGUGAGAGCCGGCCAAGUAAACAAACUUGUUGAGAUUCAAGGUUUGGAAAUAUACUGUAGAACCAUUCAUGGAUCUGCAAAGGAUCUGUAUACUGGCAAUGGUGAAGACUCCAUGUCAGUGGCUGCUGCAAGUUUUCAUAGUGAUGAACAUAUUCACCUGUUGGCCCCGGUGGAUGUAUCUGCUUCUCUUUCGGUGAACAGGUAUGGAAGGCUCGAGAAUAAUGCUGCACAAUAUUCUGUUGAUGUCGAAUUAUCUGGCUUGGUCUUGUCCCUGAAUGAAGAUCAGUUGCAGCAAAUAUUGUAUCUAUAUGAUUAUCUAUGCGUCUGUCGGCUAAGAGAGAAAUAUGGACGCUAUCGUCCCUGGAGGAGCCCUAUAUCGGAGAGACCUGCGGGAUGGCAGAUACGGUGGUGGCACUAUGCUCAACAAUCUGUGCUAUCUGAUGUUCGUAAAAGACUGAAGAGAACUUCAUGGAAAUACCUUGGAGAACGGCUAGGUAGAAGACGGCGGUAUGUCAAGUUGUAUAAAUUGAAAUUGGAAUGCCUUCGAAAAGAGGAGCUUCUGGAUGAUGCAAUUGUUUCCGAGUUGGACCAAAUGGAGAAAGUAUCCGAUAUAGACGAUAUCUUAAGUUAUAGGUCUGCUGCUGAGCGUGAGCUUCAGGAAUUCUUGGUGGAUUCAGCUUCUUGUGUUGGUGAUAAUGAAGCCAAUACUACUAAUGACAAGUCGCUGGAUGAUGACCAACCAUCAAGCAAGCCCCAAGGAUGGUUGAAGUGGCUUUCCCGGGGCAUGCUUGGUGCAGGAGGCACAGAUGAUUCCAGCCAGUUUUCUGGUGUUGUCUCAGAUGAAGUAAUCAAGGAUAUUUACGAGGCAACAAAGUUUCAUCCUGCACCUUCCCCCGUUCUGGAUGCUGCUGGAAGUGAUGGAAUUCUUUUGUCCUCCAUCAAAUUCUCUAUAGAUCGAAUUUCUGCAGCGCUGCGCAACAAGAAGUUCGCUCGUGCUAUUGCUGAAGUGGUUUUUGAGGGGAAUUUAGUGGAGUGCAUGAUAUCGGAAGAAUCUGCUGUUGUUACUGCAUCAAUCAAUACUGUUGAGAUGAUUAAUCCAUUAAAUGAGCAAGUCAUUUUACUUGUUAACAGGGUCAUAUCUGAAGAGCAAUUUCUUGAAGCGGGGAAACCAUCUCUUAAUAUCCAUGCUUACAUUCCAAAAGAAAAUCGUGAGGGUGAAUCGACAUUGAGGGUCCUGCUUGAGCCGAUGGAAGUGACUUGUGAUCCAACAUUGUUUUUUAAUAUUAUGGAGCUAUAUACUGUACUGAGUUCCUUUAAAUCUCAUGAAGAAAGGGUCCUAGAAUCACUCAAUGGGAUAAAUGAUGUGAAGUCACGGCUAAUAUCAAAAGCCGAAUACAUAUUGUCAAUUCGAAAGAGAAUCAUGUGGGAUAUUAGUUUGAUAAAUAUUAAGAUCAUUAUUCCCUGGGAGAAUGGGAAGUCAGAGAUGCAUAAAUUGGUACUUGGAUUAACAGCUGUUACCUUUGCAUCCAAGCGUGAUAUUGGCUGUUUUGCACCUGAUAUGAAUGUACCAUCCCAAUUCAUGUGUAAUUUGGUGGAUGCGGGUUCUUCAAGUGAGCUUCUAAAGGGAAUUCAGAUUCAAGAUCUCUAUGAUCACUUUGAAAUUAAAAUAAUUGACUUUGAGAUAAACUUGUUUGUGCCUUUCUAUCCUUAUACUUAUCCUAUUCUAGAGAAGCUCAACGCUUCUUCUGCUAUAGCAUGGUGCAUUUUCGAGGAUGAAUCUUUAUUGAGAGCAUUGGAGGUUUAUGUAGUAGUGGCAAUGCUUUUGGCACACUUGUCACCAUCCAUAAUUGGUUCAGUUUUGGAACUAGUUGAAAGUGUCAAUAUGCUGCAUCUUCCAUCGCACUUGGGGACAACAGCAACUACCUCAUCAUCUGACAUGGACUUGAAUGAAUCAAAGAACUUUAGCACCUUUAGUAUUUCUGUUAUUGCUAAUUUGGAGUCUGCUAGCGUCAUCAUUGACCUCGAAAAUGGCUUAGAGGCUAGCUGCACACUAACCGUUUAUCUACAGGACUUGGAUAUGAGGUUUAUUGUUACGGAGUCCACAACAGGCUGCUGGAUAUGUGCAAGGGCUCUAAAAGUAACGUCUCGUUCACUGAAAAGUGGGGAUGAUCUUAUAAUAUGCUUAUCUGAAAAUAAAAUUUCUACCCACUCUUCACAACAACAUGAGACAGGUGUUAGGUUCUGCCAUGAAGAUGGACUAAAUGGUUUAGCUAAUGGGUGCAUCAUGUUACAUUAUGGUGGUGGUUUAAUUCACCAUAGGUGUAGCAUAUGGCUAACCGAUGUUGAUCUUCAUUGCUAUCCAUAUAUUACUGGGUUGCUGGUUGAAUUUUUUGAUAAGCUAUCCAAGUAUAGUCCUUCACAUGCUGCCAAGAAUCAAGGUUUUGUGGGAAGUAACAGUAUGCUCUCAGGUUCUUAUUUUGACUUUCAAAGGUUUGGUUGCUCCAAUAUUUUUGAAACCAGUACCUCGGACUGGGAAAGCAUCUCUGUUGAUCAUUACCCUUUCAUUACAAUAUACAAUGACAGGCCUCUUCUCAACCUUGAGAGUUCACUUAUUGACAUCAGUCCAGACUGGAAGAAGGCUCUAAAGAUAAGAGAGACCAAGAUCAAUAGUUCAAAGUUCAGUGAAAAGAAGGAAUUUCAGAAUUUAUACACCCAAUUGAAUUCCAUCGCUGGAACUCAUGGUGUACAUGUACCAUCAGAUCUUGAACAAGUGGGUCUGGUUGUAAUCAAUCUUCACAUCAGCAGCGUUAGACUGCACUUACAUGACUCUUCGUACAUUGUUGCAUCUGUUACACUUCCUGCUGCCAAAUCUUCUUUGGCUAUCCAUAACGACUGUUUGGAUGUGUUUUGUUCUACUGAGGGAUUGAAUCUCUCCUCAUCUUGGUGUUCUCAGACUCUCCAAGACUCUCUAUGGGGCCCUGCAUCACUAAAUCUUUCUCCGGUGAUUAACAUUCGUGUGAGAAAAGAGAAUCUUGGAUCAGCAGGAUCUCUUAUUGGACUAAAUUUCAGAAUCCAAAAUGUAUCAUGCAUAUUGCCACCUGAAUUUCUGGCUUUACUAAUUGGGUACUUCUCAUUGCCUGACUGGAACUCGCAUGCAAAGGAGUCACCUGCUACUAAUGAUUGCAAAGACAAGGAUACAGGGGACAGCAUCAGUUUCACUUACAAGUUCGAGAUAUUGGACUCUAUUUUGUUUAUACCUGUGGUUAAUGCUGAUUACCAAUUUUUAAAGCUUGAUAUUCCUCAGCUGUACUGCACUUUCAUUGAAAACUGUGAUUCAGAUACCUUAUUAAAAGGAAUUCCAUCAGAGUGUUCCGUUCCAGCUGAAUUUAUUGCCGAUCAAAAUCAUUGUUUAAAUUUAUUCGGGCGGGACUUAUCUCUACAUCAUCUUCUUAGGAAAGAUGAUGCUUCUGAUUCCUUGAAAUUUAAUCCGAGUAGUGAAGUGAGAAGUGUCAGCUUAAUUGCACCUUUUGGUGGUGAUAUAUGGAUCAGAAUACCGUAUAGUUCUAAGUCUCCUUGUGCAACUGCUUCUUCCUCGAUAUAUAUCAUGUUAAGGAUUCUUGAUUGUCAAUUGAUUGUUGAAGGAAAUGACGUAAUUGGCUCGUUUGGAGCAUUACAAGAUGUCAUUGAGGAGUUCUCAUCUGUGGAAAAUCUAUCCCGAUGUUUCACUUCGGAUGUUUUACAGUUUUUCCAGUUAAAGAGUAGUUAUAAAGAAAAUGGUUUGCUUCCUAUUGAAUCUUCAAGCGUGGCCUUCACAGAAAUUAAAUGUUCUGUCCAAUCCAUGUCAGUAAAACUUUACUCUCAGCAGAUAGAAUUGGUUGGUUAUGAACUUAUUGCCAAAGCUCACAUGAAAUUCACAUGCGCAUUAUCAUUAAAAAAUGGAAACCCUCUCCGCUUGGAUAUGUCAUUCAUUUCUUUGACACUCUCUUCACUGCUUAGCUCUGUUGUCUUAGUGGAGUGCACAUCUUCUAGCCAAAAUGUAUCGGUUCUUCACGUGAAUGCCUUCUUGUCAGAUGAGGGCGAAUAUCAGCUUCAGUUUUCCCUUCCUUGUGUUAAUGUUUGGUUAUUUUUGUCUGACUGGAGUAAGGUUAUUGAGCUUUUAUCUUUCUGCAUACAACAUCCUAAAACUGCAAUCUGGGAUGAGGAAUCAAAGAAAUCCACUUUAGAUCCGGCUGAUCGUGUUGAUACUCUAGAAAACUCAUCUCCAUCUUUCAGCGUGUCAAGUCAUUUACAUUAUGAAGACAUAAUGCAGCAUCCCUUCUCGCUAAUUGUGAAGUCGGAUGAUAUUGGCAUUAAAAUUUGUAUUCCUGUUCAGGUAUCUGGAGAAGCAUUUAGAUAUUUUGGGGCACCCCAAGUUCGCGAGCAGAAUUCAUUGAAUGGUGCAUCUGACGAUGUCGGAAGGGAUCACCACAGUUUUCUCUUUAUUUAUUUGCAAAGCAGGUUCACUGAACUGAAUAUUAACGGCCAAAAAGCAAAAUUGAAGUCCAAUCUGUGGAAAACAACAGGAACAGUUGAACUGCGUGAGAACAAACGUGUUCAUUCUUGGCCCCUUUUUCAGUUAUUGCAAGUUGAUGUUGAGGCCAAUGUCGGUAAUGAUGAGAUGGAGCACAUGCAUUUGAAGGCGGAGGUUCACUGUGAUAAUGUAGAUGUUUGGCUUUCAAAUCACACAUUUUACUUCUGGCAAACUAUGCUGUUUGUGUUUCCAGAGGAGGCCGGGUCUCCUCAACUUCCAAUGUGUGGUGUAGAUUUCAGAUUUCACCUACGGAAGCUUUCCCUUCUUUUGACAGAUCAAAAGUGGAGCUCCAAUGGUCCUCUACUAGAAAUUCUUAUGGGAAGCUUGUUGUUUCAUGGUAUCAUAACGGAGAACAUAAUGGAAGGAUCAGUUGACAGUGAGCUUCAAGUGAACUACAAUAACAUUCACAAGGUUUUGUGGGAGCCUUUUCUUGAGCCUUGGAAGUUUCAAGUAAGCUUAAGAAGAGAGCAUGGGAAGAGCGCCCUACAGAACAGCCCACUCAUGACUGAUGUUCAUCUUGAAUCAGCAAAGAAUCUCAAUAUCAAUGUUACUGAAUCCUUUAUUGAGGUUGCUUUCAGAACAUUUGAUAUGAUUAAGGAUGCAUGGGAUCUCAUGGAGCUGAAUGUUUUUACUGAAAACUCAAGAUUGACAGGAAUCGGAACCAAUGAAAAUGCACUUGCCAGCAGAUAUGCCCCUUAUACACUUGAAAAUUUAACCUCGCUGCCUCUAGUGUUUUAUAUCUCCAAAGGUUCUAAAAGUGCUGAUGAUUUUGAUGUAUCAUCAUUGAAAGAUGGAAAAUAUGUGCAGCCAGGUUCUUCAUACCCAGUGUAUAUUGAUGAUGCUCCAGAUGAACAAAUCUACAGAUUUAGUACUAGCCAUUCUUCUGACAGUCUUGGUGACAGGCAAUUCGCUGAUGCACAACAUCAUUAUAUUGUUGUUCAACUUGAGGGAACUUCCAUGCUGUCGACUCCUAUCUCUAUUGAUCUUGUUGGUGUCAGCUAUUUUGAGGUGGAUUUUUCUAAUUCAUCUACUAAUAUAGUUGACAGCAUUGGAGAUGUGUAUAAAGGCGUUAAAGAAUUUGAGGGGAGCAAGAGAUUAUACACAAACAGUGGCUAUGUUGUUCCCGUAGUGAUUGAUGUUUCAGUUCAGCGAUACACAAAAUUAGUGCGCUUGUACUCGACGGUCAUACUCUUGAAUGCAACUUCAGUGCCAUUUGAAGUGCGCUUCGAUAUUCCGUUUGGCGUAUCUCCCAAGAUUCUGGACCCAGUAUAUCCUGGUCAUGAGUUUCCUCUUCCUCUCCAUUUAGCUGAAGCUGGUCGCAUAAGAUGGCGUCCACUAGGCAGCACUUACCUUUGGAGCGAAGCUUAUAGCAUUUCUAAUAUUCUAUCUAAUGAAAGUAAGAUUGGAUAUUUACGCUCAUUCGUCUGCUAUCCAUCUCUUCCAAGUAGUGAUCCUUUUCGCUGUUGCGUAUCGGUGCAUGAAAUGUGUUUGCCUUCCAUUGGGAAGAUAAACAAGGGAUCAUCUCUUUAUAUUCAUGAUGCUUUAAAGCAAUCAGUUGAGAACAGCAAAGUUGACAAGAUAGAGAACCAGGAUCGCUCAAAUAUGCGUUGCAUUCAUCUGGUUACAUUAAGUAAUCCUUUGAUAGUAAAAAACUACUUACCAAUCGCAAUAUCUCUGGUGGUUGAGAGUGGUGGAGUUACGCGUAGCAUGAUGCUUUCAGAGGUUGAAACUUCUUUCUAUCAUAUCGACUCGUCACAUGAUCUUUCAUUAACUUUCCACAUGCAUGGAUUUGGAUCAUCUGUUCUGAAGUUCCCACGUGCAGAGAAGUUCAGUGAAAUUGCUAAAUUCAGCGGAACAAAGUUUUCCUCAUCGGAAUCAAUUAGCUUUAGUUCCGACACUUUUAAAGGUCCAUUAUAUGUGACAAUGGAAAAGGUGAUGGAUGCGUUCUCUGGGGCUCGGGAAAUCUGCAUAUUUGUUCCCUUCUUAUUGUACAAUUGCUGUGGCUUUCCCCUCAUAAUUGCCAACUCUACUAGUGAACUGACAAAGCGUGGCUGCACCGUGCCUUCCUGUUAUAAUUUGGAUGAACAGGACCCUUUUUUAGGCGAAAAAAAUGGUCUGGGCCUUUUGUCAUCUGGUCAAGUUUUGCAUAAUGAUGGUAUGAGGAGGUUUCCCCUAAACAAUAAUCUUGUUUCCACUAGGAAGAGCUUGGAUAUAUAUCAUGGUAAGUUCUUGAAGGAACCUUUCAGUUCAUCUGGUUCAUCUACUACCAUUCAUGGAGGAUCAGACAAGACGAAUAUAGACGGCCCAAAAUUUUCAAUCUACAAUCAAGAAAAAAGUUCAGUUUCUAGCAGUCAGACGGAUGUGAAACAGAUUGAAUUUGAUGAAUCAAAUCGCAAAAAAGUCAAUUUUUGCAUGUAUUCUCCUGAUCCUAAUAUUUCUUCGAGUGAGAUCAUGGUCAGGGUUAGUCGGUGCCAAUCUGAAAUUAAUGUGGAAAGUACUUCAGACUAUACAUGGUCUAAUCAAUUUUUCCUUGUUCCACCAACUGGUUCAACUACUGUUCUUGUUCCCCAAUCAUCUAGCAACGCCUCAUAUGUAAUAUCUGUUGCGUCUAGUGCUGUUGAUGGCCCAUUUUCUGGAAGGACAAGGAUUAUUAAUUUCCAACCCAGAUAUGUGAUUAGUAAUGCAUGCAGUAAGGACUUGUGCUAUCGGCAGAAAGGAUCUGACUUUAUAUAUCACUUGAAGGUUGGGCAGAACUCCCAUAUUCAUUGGACAGACAUAACAAGGGAAUUACUCGUUUCUGUUCGUUUUAAUGAGCCCGGAUGGCAGUGGUCGGGAUGCUUCUUUCCGGAACAUUUAGGUGAUACCCAGUUGAAAAUGCGGAAUUAUGUUUCUGGUGCAGUAAAUAUGGUACGUGUGGAGGUCCAAAAUGCUGAUGAUGCAAUCAGAAAUGAAAAGCUUGUUGGGAACCCACACUGUGACUCCGGAACGAACUUGAUUCUUUUAUCUGACGAUGAUACCGGCUUUAUGCCAUACAGGAUUGAUAAUUUCUCAAAGGAGAGAAUACGCAUUUAUCAACAAAAAUGUGAAGCAUUCGAGACUGUUAUCCACUCCUAUACAUCUUGCCCUUAUGCAUGGGAUGAGCCCUGUUACCCACAUCGUCUGACUGUUGAGGUGUUUGCUGAGCGGGUAAUAGGGUCAUAUACUCUUGAUGAUGCAAAAGAGUACAAACUUGUGUGUUUACCUGCAACUUCAGAGAAACCUGAAAGAAAGUUGCUAUUAUCUGUCCAUGCUGAAGGAGCAUUGAAGGUUCUCAGUAUCAUUGAUUCAAGUUAUCAUGUUUUUGAUGAUAUAAAGAGCCCACAUUCUCCUCGGCUAUAUGACCAGAAGCAGGAAAGUUCUGUUCUUUACAAGGAAAGGUUAUCGAUUGCCAUUCCCUUCAUUGGGAUUUCUGUUAUGAGUUCUCAACCGCAGGAGUUGCUUUUUGCAUGUGCAAGGAACACAAUGGUUGAUCUAGUUCAGAGUUUGGACCAGCAGAAAUUUUCCUUGAAAAUUUUUGCUCUGCAGAUUGAUAACCAACUGCCAAGCACACCUUACCCUGUUAUAUUAUCUUUCGACCACGAAUGCAAACAAAUCCCGACCUCUCAUAUUAGAAUUAAAGAUGAUAGCUUGAGGGUCAAAGGCGAACGUAAGAAACAGUGUGUAUCUGACAGUUCAUGCGAGCCUGUGUUCUCUUUGGGUGCAGCAAAAUGGAGGAAUAAAGAUAGAGUGUUGCUUUCAUUUGAGUAUAUAAAUUUAAGAAUGACAGAUUUUCAUCUUGAGCUCGAGCAAGAUGUCAUCUUAGGUCUGUUUGACUUCUUUAAGACGGUAUCUUCGAGGUUCAAUAGCAGAGCGAUGCCACUCACGGAUUCAGUCCAGCAUCCUCUUUCUUCGAACUUCAGUGUAAAUCUGACAAGUAAAUUUUCUGAGACCCAUCAAACUGAAAAGGCAGAUGGCGAUCUUCAUUCGAAUAGUGUUCCUAUGUUUGUUGACAGUCAAAGCUGCCCUUUGCUACCAUCAAUAAUGCCAAUUGGAGCUCCUUGGCAGAAAAUCUACCUCCUUGCAAGAAAACAGAAGAAAAUAUAUGUUGAACUGCUUGAAGUAGCCCCUGUUACUUUGACACUAAGCUUUUCGAGCAGUCCAUGGAUGCUAAGGAAUGGAAUUCUUACAUCAGGAGAAUAUCUUAUCCAUAGGGGUCUUAUGGCUCUUGCUGAUGUAGAAGGGGCCCAAAUUCAUCUCAGGCGACUUGCAAUAUCUCAUCAGUUGGCUAGCUUGGAAUCCAUCCGAGAGAUCUUGAUCAUACAUUACACGCGACAACUUCUUCAUGAGAUGUAUAAGGUAUUUGGUUCUGCUGGAGUAAUAGGUAAUCCCAUGGGUUUUGCAAGGAGUGUGGGACUUGGCAUCAAAGAUUUUCUGUCAGUUCCAGCCAGGAGCUUUAUGCAGAGCCCAGCAGGACUUAUCACAGGCAUGGCACAAGGAACUACCAGCCUUCUUAGUAAUACAGUUUAUGCCAUAAGUGAUGCUGCCACCCAAGUCAGUAGAGCGGCACACAAGGGUAUUGUUGCCUUUACAAUGGAUGACCCAACUGCAAGUGAGAUGGAAAGGCAACAGAAGGGGAUGUCAUCUCAUGGGAAAGGCGUAAUAAAUGAAAUUUUGGAGGGGCUCACUGGUCUUCUCCAAUCGCCAAUAAGAGGAGCUGAAAAACAUGGUCUUCCAGGAGUCCUCUCAGGUAUAGCUCUUGGAGUAACUGGACUUGUGGCUAGACCAGCUGCCAGUAUCCUUGAAGUGACGGAAAAGACAGCACGGAGUAUAAGAAACCGAAGCAGACUCUAUCACAUGGGAUCUCAACGUCUAAGAGUACGUCUCCCAAGGCCUUUGAGCCGGGACCAUCCCUUGAGGCCUUACUUGUGGGAGGAAGCCGUUGGUGUUUCCGUACUUGCUGACGCUGAUACCGAUGCUGAUAUCGGUGACAACUUAAUGUUAAAAGACGAGACGCUAGUCCUCUCCAAAGCCCUUAAACAAGGCGGGAAAUUCGUCAUCAUCACCGAGCGACUAAUCUUGAUUGUUAGCUGUUCGAGUCUUGUAAACUUGGGUAAGCCUGAGUUUCGCGGUGUUCCUGCUGAUCUUGAUUGGGUUAUAGAAGCCGAGAUCACGUUGGAUAGCGUAAUCCAUGUGGAUAACGAUGAAGAAGUCGUGCAUAUAGUAGGAAGUAGUUCAGAUGUCGUGUUAAGACAGAAUCAGAAUCAGCACCAGCAAAAGAGAGGUGUGAGGACGUUGGGGAAGCAACGAUGGCACAACACACCUACGCAGCUCCCGCUUUUUCAAACGAAUUUGGAGUGCUCGUCGAAAGAAGAGGCCGUGGAGUUGUUGAAAGUAUUGUUGGCAACGAUCCAAAAAGGAAAAGAGCGCGGAUGGGGGUGCGUAUACCGAUUGCAUCAGAGGAAUAUUAAGUAAAAAGUAAAUGGUUAUAUUUUCAGGUGUAUACUUGUAGAUACUAGUUGGUCCUCAAAAGGGUGUUUCAGAAUCACCCAUCACUCAUAGGUUAAAGAUAGAAAUAACAUUCAAUUAUGUGGAAUACUAAGAAAACCAAACCCUAGAAUGUGAAAAUAUCAGUUUAAACU